UUAACAGGAAAUUAACCCAUUAAGUCAUGUGGACCACACUGUGGACUGUUUUGCUAUUGCUUUUAUGUGGUGUCCAGGUAAUACUGGGACAGGACGUAGCCCAAAAUCAGAGUGAAUCCGCGAUAGAGCCUCGAAUCGUUGGCGGAAUCAAGGCGAAGCAGGGCCAAUUUCCGCACCAGAUUUCCCUGCGUCUACGUGGAGAACACUACUGCGGUGGAGUCAUAAUCUCGGCCACUCACGUAAUCACCGCUGGCCACUGUGUGAAGCACGGGAAUGAUGUAGUUCCGGCAGAUCUAUGGUCAAUCCAGGCGGGCAGUCUGCUCCUCUCAAGCGACGGAGUGAGGAUUCCAGUGGCCGAAGUUAUCAUGCAUCCCAACUAUGCCACUGGUGGACACAACGAUUUGGCCGUGCUCCGACUGCAGAGUCCGCUGACCUUUGACGCCAACAUAGCCGCCAUCCAGUUGGCCACCGAGGAUCCGCCCAACUGUGUCGCCGUAGACAUCUCCGGUUGGGGCAACAUUGCGGAGAAGGGACCCCUCUCUGACAGCCUGUUAUUCGUACAGGUGACGAGUAUAUCGAGGGGGGCCUGUCGCUGGAUGUUCUACUCUCGUUUGCCAGAAACCAUGAUUUGCCUGCUGCAUUCCAAGAAUAGCGGCGCCUGUUAUGGGGACUCCGGCGGACCGGCCACCUACGGAGGCAAAGUGGUGGGGCUGGCCAGCUUACUCCUCGGUGGUGGCUGUGGAAGAGCGGCUCCUGAUGGCUACCUUAGGAUCUCCAAGGUUAGAGCCUGGAUCGCGGAGAAGGCGGGAUUGUAGAAUAUACACAUAUGUAUGUGUACUCUAAAUAUUUAACAAUCAUGAACAUUAAAAAAUAUAUGAAAAUUUAAUCUUU